ACUGCUCAGGUGGGAAAUCUCACCGAAACUACCCAUUAAUUCAGACACAGUGUGAGCCUCCGUUUCUACCUGCCGCUGCAGACAGCCAAUCAGAGGCGAGCAGGUGGGCGCGCCCUGUCAGUGUGGGAACUUGAGCAUGCAGGUGAAUCCGCAGGUGUGUUGUGCCGCAGUUGGAAGAGGCGCUUCAGCAAAUGCCGCUGGUGUCUACAUUUUUGUCAACUUUUUGAGCAAAAAGCGGAUUUUUUCCUGCUGAAUGGUCUCUUAAAUCCUGGAAUGACUGGAGUUUACUAACGCGAGUGCUUCUUUUACACAACAGGAAAUACAUUUUAUAUACAUAUAUAUUUUUUAUUUUUCCUCAUCAUGGAUUUAAGUUCAAGGAGAGGGUUGGAUUUUUUUAUUUUUUGUGUGUUUUUAAGUCUUUUUUAUGGCUCCAGAGCUGAAGUUCCAUCCAAACCUACGGCUGGGGUCACUAUCUUGCCUCCGAUUAAGCCUGAUAGUGGCCCCCAGCCUUAUCCAGAUGAUGAGAAAUCCAAUUUACCUGUGUUUACAAUGAACUACCCCAGGAUACAGAUCCCCUUUGAGAUCACCCUAUGGAUGCUGCUGGCUUCCUUUGCUAAAAUAGGUUUUCAUGUGUACCACAAGAUCACGGUGUGGGUGCCGGAGUCGUGUCUCCUCGUCAGCAUUGGUCUGAUUGUGGGGGCCAUCAUGCAUUCGGUCCAUGAGAAGCCCCCUGCAGUGCUCUCCAGCAACGUUUUCUUCCUGUACAUGCUACCCCCCAUCGUCCUCGAUUCGGGGUACUUCAUGCCCACCAGACCCUUCUUCGAGAAUGUCGGCACGGUGCUGUGGUUUGCUGUGGUGGGGACCCUGUGGAACAGCAUCGGCAUUGGGAUGUCCCUCUUCGCCAUUUGCCAGAUUGAGGCGUUUGGUGUGCAGGACAUCAACCUGCAGGAGAACCUGCUGUUCGCCACCAUCGUCUCGGCCGUGGACCCCGUGGCGGUGCUCAGCGUGUUUGAGGAUGUGAACGUCAAUGAGCAGCUGUACAUCGUGGUAUUUGGGGAGUGCCUCUUCAAUGAUGCCGUCACUGUGGUGCUGUAUAGCAUGUUCAGCUUUGUGGCGGAGAUGCCGGUGGUGGAGCCUGUGGACGUGUUCCUGGGCGUGGCGAGGUUUUUCGUGGUUGGACUUGGUGGGAUGGGCUUCGGUGUCCUUUUUGGCUUCGUGGCCGCCUUCACCACAAGAUUCACCUCCAAGGUCCGAGAAAUUGAGCCGCUCUUCAUAUUCAUGUACAGCUACCUGGCCUACCUGGUGGCUGAGCUCUUUGCCAUCUCCUCCAUCAUGGCCAUUGUCUGCUGUACCCUCACCAUGAAGUAUUACGUAGAGGAGAACGUCUCCCAGCGAUCCUGCACAACCAUCCGGCACGUGGUUAAGAUGCUUGGCGCCAUCUCGGAAACUCUUAUUUUCUUCUUCCUGGGUGUUGUUACCAUAACGACGGACCACGAAUGGAACUGGGGCUACAUCCUCUUCACGCUGCUGUUUGCCUUCAUAUGGAGAGGGUUGGGUGUUCUGGUGCUGACUCAGAUCAUCAACCCAUUCCGCACCAUUCCCUUCAACAUCAAGGAUCAGUUUGGAAUGGCCUACGGAGGCCUGCGAGGUGCAAUUUCCUUUGCUUUGGCCUUCACACUUCCUGAUAACAUCACUCGCAAACACCUUUUUGUCACCGCCACCAUCGUCAUCAUCCUCUUCACUGUCUUCCUUCAGGGCAUUAGCAUUCGACCUCUGAUCGAGUUCAUCAACGUCCGCAGAACCAACCGCGACAAUGACACCAUCAACGUCGAGAUUCAUUCCAGGCUCAUGGAGCACACAAUGGCUGGGAUAGAGGACAUAUGUGGACAGUGGAGCCACUACUACUGGAAGGACAAGUUUAUGAAGUUCAACAAUCGGAUCUUGCGCAAGAUCCUCCUCCGAGACAACCGGGCAGAGUCCAGCAUCGUGGCUCUGUACAAGAAGCUGGAGCUGCAAAAUGCUUUAGAGAUUCUGGACACGGUCUCUGGAGACAUCAGUGCUGCUCCGUCCCUCAUUUCCCUCCAAGAGGAGAAGAAAAACUCGACCAAACCCAAGAAGAAGUUCUCAGCCAGCGACCUGAAGAACAUGCACGACAUCCUCUCCAAGAACAUGUACAAGAUCAGGGAGCGGACUGUGGCGUUCACGAGUAAGCAUGCCCUUCCCAAUGACAACCAAAGAAGAGAAAUUCUGAUCAGACGACAUUCCAGCGUCCGUCGAAGCCUUCGGCCUGGCAGCUUUCAGACCAGGAUGGUGCCCAAGUCCCAGAAGUACUUCUCCCUUCCACCCGGAGAGAGUCUGAACUCCAGAUUUCCUCCUACAAGGAGAAGCUUUGCAGAUGAUCAGGAGACCAUGUCAGAGGUCGCCUAUCCAGCUCGGCGCUCUCGCUUCGGCAAGCGCUCCUCUUCUGGAGCCAUGAUGCCUCUGCACCGGCUGGACACCUUGAAGGAAGUCUCCUCCGUGGACGUUCUCAACGAGAGCGAGAGAGGGAGCACAGGUCAAGACAGUCAGCCCCGCCCACAAAGAUUUCGUCGCCACCUUAGCGCUCAUGACGACAACGGCUCAGCAGAUAAUGUGAGAACCGCACAGGAUGAAGUGGAGGAGGAAGAGGAGGACAGACCGCAAGCUUCUCCAUCUCCGGCUUGGGCGGCUGAGCCCAGAAACGACACGCCGCGAAACCCGCUGCUCAGGCGGCCGCAGUGGAACGACAAGAAAUGAGGACGUCUCUGGGGAUUUAGGCAGCAAACAUGACUGUAACAAACUCUGCUCUCCAGAAACGGAAAAUGUUAAUUUCUCCAGUGAGCCACCAAUGAAAGAGCAAGAAACGGACAAACAUACCUCAGAAGUGUCCUGCACUUUAGAUGCCCAGAGCUGUCACACGUGAAGUGUCAGCACUGAGUUACUGCCAAUAUGAAACAUGAAAUGUGCUCAACUUUUAAAGUUCGAUUUGAUUUCAGAUUCUAAAACUUCCUGUUCUUGAGAAAAUUGUUAAACUAUUUGAGCUCAUGUUACUUUUUUUUUUACAUGUUGUAGCAAUUUUAUUGUGGUUUAAAACUGAAGAAACUUUUGUCCAUUUUAGUGCAACAUGCACUAAACUUUUUGGUACUACGUCCCAAGAAGUGCGUUUGAGCCUUUUGACUGUUUUUAAAUGUUUUAGCCCGGUUUUUUAUUACUCUGUUCUGCAAUAAAUAUUCUGUUGUUCAACAAAAUGCUGCAAUAUUCUGCAUAAAGCAUAGAUAUUAAUACAAACUGCUGCUAAAAGGUACAACCGAGAAAGAAACUGAAAAAUAUAUUUUUGUUUUCCAUUUGAUGAUGAAGAAGAGUUUAUAGUGAAAAACUGGACAAACUGUAUUCCAAAAAUGUACAAAUUUUCAUAUUUAUGGAUGUUUUACCACUUUUUCAAACUGGAUUAAUUAAAAAAAAAAAACUAUAACUCAACUUAAAAAAAAGUACUGUUCACAGAGCAAGAGUGUGUCAUAAACUUUUGUUAACACCCAAUAAAAAAAUUGAUGUCAACUCA